AUGAAAACGACUUUAUUGACAACAUUAUCGACAGAGAUAGAUUCAGUUUCAAACCAAGUAACCGAUUUCAGUUCUACGCUGUCAGCUGACUUAACAACAAACCAAUUUUUGACAAAGAUUUUCAGAACAAAUAAUAGACGUAUUUCAACAACAACCACAUGUACGACGACAACUACAACCCAAACAACAACGCCAAAUAUAACCCAAAAUACAACGACCACGACAACCCAAACAACGACACCAACUACAACCCAAACAACGACACCAACUACAACCCAAACAACAACGCAAAAUACAAUCCAACCAACGACACCAACUACAAACCAAACAACAACGCCAACUGCAACACAAACAACGACUCCAACUACAACCCAAACAACGCCAACUAGAACCCAAACAACAACGCCAACUACAACCCAAACAACGACACCAACUAUAACUCAACCUACAACGCCGACUACCACACAAACAACCAACACCAAAAACCCAAAAACAACAAAUCCAACUACAACCCAAACAACAAAGCCAAAUACAACCCAAACAACGUCUCCAACUACAACACAAACAACGACGCCAACUACAACCCAAACAACGACUCCAACUACAACCCAAACAACAACGCCAACUACAACCCAAACAACGACUCCAACUACAACCCAAACAACAACGCCAACUACAACACAAAAAACAACGCCAACUACAACCCAAACAACAACACUAAAUAGAACCCAAACAACAACGCCAACUGCAACCCAAACAACGACGCCAACUACAACCCAAACAACGACUCCAACUACAACCCAAACAACAACACCAACUACAACCCAAUCAACGACUCAAACUAUAAUCCAAAAACAAGUCAACGACCCAGAGCAGACAAACAAGGGACGUACCAACUACAACCCAAAAACAAACUCCAGCCCAAAGAACGUCUCUAACUACAACCCAAACCAACAACGCCAACUACUCCAAACAACCCAAAUAACAAACAACAACAAACUAACUACAACCCAAAAACAACGCCAACUGCAACCCAAACAACAAACAACCAACUACAACCCAAACAACGACACCAACUACAACCCAAACAACAACGCCAACUACAACCCAAACAACGACUCCAACUACAACCCAAACAACAACGCCUAUCUACACUGA